UAGGGUCCACGAGACACGAAUGGGAGACAUAUUUCAGAGAUAACCCACUUAUGAAUGAAAUGAAGCCGGGGUUGAGGCCCGACACCAUUCACGUACAGUCAUUGCCAGUGAAGUGGUUGGGAGGCGAGAGACCCAAACCCAACCUAUUGGUCAAACUCUUCGGAACCUUUGGCGAUAUCCGACGCUUUCAUAUCCCAUGUCUGGACACCAAAGAGGAAGAAGGCUUUAAACGAUUUACUUUUAAUGAAAGUCUCAGUUUUGAGGCAUUCAUUCAAUACAGAGAUUACAUUGGAUUCGUCAAAGCGAUGGACGCCUUACGAGGAAUGAAAUUAGUGAAGAAGUUGUCGGAAAUUAAUAAUCAAAAGAAUAAUCAUUUGGAAUAUGAUAUAAAAGUAGAUUUCGACAAAACAAGACAUUUAAGCGAUAAAGCGAUCAAAAGGAGACGAAUUGAACGUCAGUUUGCUUUCAGCUCUGAUCCGGCCGUUCAGGCGCUGGCAUUCAAGUCAAUGAUUGAACUGAAGAGGUUAAGGGCCGAGACUAAGAGACAACUCAAGAAACUGCAAGAAGAGGCCGAGAAACAGGGCGAAGGUCUUCGAAACGGUGAUAAAACUCGUGAGAAGACACCCGACAAUUGCAAACAAACUCAGACCACGCAGACAGAGAUGAGUCCUCCGAGGAGUCCGGUGUCUGGCGUCCAAUCGGAAGAGAAGCAUAAGAAAGAGUUGGAGAGCAGGAAGAGAGCCGAACAGAAGGUGAAGGAUAAGCUGCUGUUAGAAGAG